AUGUCCGUAAAUCUGAUCGCUGGCCGGGGGGUCACUCAAGUGGUCAUUCGGUGCGAAGAGGCGAAAACUUCCGGUUAUUUGGGUAACUUUUUUAGGUUCUAACAAGGAAGAUAAGUUCAUUUUAAGGUUCGGAAUUAUUUUUUUAUCUGAUUUUGAAAAAUCCUGAAAGUCUCAACCUUCAAAACUCUUUAGUUUUUGAGAAAUAGAAGCUGAAAGCCCCAAAAUGGCCUAUUUUGAACGGUUUUCAGGGGUUUCUCGACUUUGGGUCCUUAUUUCUCAAAAACUAAGAAGUUUUGCAGGUUGAGACUUUCAGAAUCGUCUUUUGGGGUCUCAAGAAAAAUUUUGGGCGAUUUUCAAGAAGUUCCCAAAGUAAAAUCACCUCCUUGUAAGUGUUUGGUGAUACACUAUGAAAAUUCAAUAAAAAAUUUUUCCAGUUUUUUUUUGAAUAUUUUCCCCAAAUAAACUCAAAAAUCAUCCCUAAAAUUAUAGAAUCAAGAAAAAUUAAGUUUCGCUUUGAAAAAAAGCCAAAAAUUGACUCAUAACCCAUUUUCAGACCUCUCCUCCUGCUCCCUCAUGUUCAUUGCCGACGCAAUUUAUCUCCUUUUAAAGGGUUAUGAAAUUGAUAAGGUUUCUAAUUCUGUUCUGAAUAAACUAAUGGAAGAAGUUUCAGGUGAACCUUCGGAACAACGGGUUCAAAAAAUUCCCCAAGAAAAUGGUCACAAAGUUUCCGAAUUUGACAAGUGAGCCGUUUUUCGUAAAGAAAAUGAUAUUUAAAUAAAAGAAAACGACAGAUUUUCAAAAAUUCCCAUGAAAACAAAAAAAUUUGGCUGUAUUCCUAGUUGUUCCUCAUGUUAUUAACUUUAUUGCUCAUGUUAGCUAUGAUGAAAAGUUCUCAUGUGUUUCAUGGAAUCCCUGGUUCUUCAAAAACGAUUUCCAGUCUUCAACAUGGAAGGGAACGAGAUCGAGGAGGUGCCUACAGAACUGGGGAGCUGGACCAACUUGAAAGGCAUCAACGGAGCCAACAACAAGCUUCAGAAGUUUCCCGAAGGGAUCUACGAGCUACAAAAACUCGUUCACCUUGAUCUGAGCGGCAAUUUGAUAUCCGGUGACUUUUAUUUUUGAAUUUUUUUUCUCGAAUAAUGGUUUUUAAACUUUAGAGAUGCUCAGAAACCCGGAUUUUGAUGGGAUGUUCGAAAAAUUUCAAAGUGAACAUAAAAUGCAAACCGGGCACGGUUUAUUUGCAAAGCGUGCACAGGAGUGGCCAAAGCUUGAUAGACCGUUUUUGCUUACUUUUCGUUAUGAAUGAAUGAUAGCUUGGCUUUUUCCGAGCUCAUGACCGCAUUUGGAAUGGCUCAACUCGAUUUAUUCUUACCAGGGAAUGGUCUCUGCUCGCCGUUGGACUUCUGAAUGAGGCCAUUUCUAGAUGUAGUUUUUCAAGCUGAUUCGAAAUCCGGUCUCAGAAGCUGCCACAUAGGUCUGUGAAAAAAGCUAUGGACCCUCAAAAGUCGAAAAUCUCAUAAUCUCCGACCGAGCUCAUUUUUGGAGUGUAUACAGUCCGUGAUUCUCUUUUCACGGUUAGACUAUUCAAUUCUUACUGUUAACUAAUUUUAAAAAUUCAAACCUUCAAAACGAAGUUUUCAUUUGAUUGAACUUUUCAAAAAUCUCAACUCCCAGUUAUUUUCAGAGCUCGACGUCGACCGGCUGUACGAGAAUUGCCAAGCCCUAGCUCAACUGAAUCUUUCUGAGAACCCCCUGAGCCAAGAAACCAAAGAAUCUCUAAAAAAUCAUCCGAAAAAACCAGCUAAACUUGUUGUAAAAUUGUAA